GGAAGUUGAAGAAUGGCGGCUAGUACGUCCAGCACUACUAGGUCCCACUUGUCUCAGACGACGUCAGCAUCUAGAGCAGGUUUUUCCGACAGGGGCUCACAAUCUUCAUCUCAAGUAAAGCCACCAAGCGCUCUUGGUUUCACAUGUCGAGAAGAUGCAAGUGUUUCUGGAGGAUUGCAGCAAAUGGUGUUGGAGAAGAUGGGUGCCAUAAGAAGGAAACGGAUGAUGCCUGUUUGCUCAGCCUCCACGGACCAGUUCACCAGUCCAAAGACGGGGGCAGUAGGAGUGGAGCGGUUCAAACUGGACGCAGUCCCAGGGACCUACUGGGGAGCGUCUCAGGCAGUUGAAGAAAGAGUGACGCUGUGGCUAGACACAGGGACAGAAGUGGUCCAAGCAAGUGCACAAGUUGGAGAGAACCUUCUCAGGGUGGCGGAGGCUGCGGGCGCAAUGGUUCCCGAUGAGGACUUCUGCUUCGAAGGCACGUGCUCGAAUUGCGAAAUGGAAGUCGAGGGGGGCGCUCAAGAGGUCGGUUACCGAGCUGAGCCGGGGUCCCUAGACGUCGUCCGCGCUUGCUUGUGUCCGGUGCCCGGGGGACAACCGGAAAGGACGAUAAAGAUGUUGAACGAAGCGGACAUUUGGGGCGACGGUGUACUAUAGAUGGAGAGUGGAUGUACAUUACAGAUAAUCACGAGCCAGGGGAGCUCUCAAAGGGCAACUAGAGGUAAGGUUCUUACGAGCUUGGAAGAGAACACUUGAGUCGCCGCUCUUCUAGCGUUGCCCAAUAAGUAAUCAAAGAGAAAGAGCGUUGCGGACGCAACUGGCAAUAAACGGCGCGCGUAGUAAUUAUAUCCGCUGAUGCAGUCGCGAAGUUGGUUCCCUUUGCUGCAGGGCUGCCAUAGCUCAGAGGUUUGGGGCCGGCCGGGGCCCUUUACCUAGCACGAAAUGAAGUCGGAUAAUAUGUGGUGAGUUUGGAAAUGAUGUAACUUAAACCUGCGGGAGC